UUUUAUACUACUAUCGAAACAUUUUUUCUCACCAAAAACUACAUUUCAAAUUAGGCAUGUAAUUGGUCCACAAUCUUAUUUCUUACUUGACUUAAACUUACUUGGGGACCUAAUCCAUUUCCUCGGUAUUCUUAGAAAACCACACUACUCUAUUUGAUUACUACAUAGUAUUCAAACAAAGGAACGUCAAACAAAAUCAUUUGCUUUUCGUUCUCUCUCUUUAUAUUACUUCGUUGUUCGUUUUGUCCUUCAAUCUUAAUAUCACUUUCAAUACCUUUCAUCCAUUACAAAUAUCACCCUCAAUAAUGGUGAGCUUUGUACCUUGAUUCCCCUAUCCUCGGCCUCUUCUUCUUCUCACAACCCCACUUUGAUAAUCUCAUAAUACUAUAACCUUUUUCCCCCCUUGAAACUGUCAUCCUUAGAUAAGACAAAUGAUGGGACCACAUUUUCUCUCUUUUUAACCUUGUGGACCCCACUCAUCUCGAUUAUCUUAAAAAAUAUAGAACUACUCUCUUAAAAAACAAAACCGUUUCAUUCUCAUUAACAAACGCUCUCUCUAUUUCUCUGCCCUUGUUUCUUUUGCAUUCUUUAUAUCUCCUUCAACAUCCUUUAUCCAUCUCAAAUCUGACUACAUCUUUCUUACCCUUCAACAAUGGUUAACCCAAGUACUAUAAUUCCCCCAUCCUCCGAAGAAUACACUGUUCAUAAUUCUAUUGGAUCUUCCUCUCACCAAAUGCCACCAUCCUCAAACAAAGGUUGUGGUAGGCCCCUUGGAUCCAAGAACAAGCCAAAAAUACCCCUCGUUAUUAACCAAGAUAGCGAUCUUGCCUUGAAACCCAUCUUCAUUCAAGUCCCGAAAAAUUCUGAUGUUAUUGAGGCCGUGGUCCAAUUUGCGCGCCAUUGUCAAGUUAGCAUCACAGUGCAAUGUGCAUCUGGGUCUAUCUUGGAAGCCACUCUCUGCCAAACUCUUCCUGACACUUCUACUUUCGUUGUUUUUGGACCCUUUACUUUGAUUUCCCUCACCGGAACCUACAUUAAUAAUAACCUUUCCGCUUCUUCUUCAUCUUUAUCAUCACCAUCUAAUCUUGACCAUAACUGUUCUUUUACGAUUUCCUUUUGUUCAAAUUUAGGUCAAAGCUUUAAUGGAAUUGUUGGAGGAAAGGUUAUAGCAGCCGAUGAUGUUACUGUAGUGGUUACUAUUCUCAAAGAACUUUGAGAAUCACAAGGCUGUUAUCAAAGGUGCUGGUGAGGAAAGGGAUAGCAAGAAACCUUAUGCAUGUCAUCCAGAUGACAAUGAGAAUAUGUUUAGGUUCAAUUAUUGUUGUUUGAUUUAAUUUACCUGUUUUUUUUCUUUUAAUAUUUCAUGUAUUUGUACCUCUGUGAGAAAAAGAGAUUAUGAGUUCAAGGAAUGACAAGAAUCUUCUCCCAUGGUGGUUUAUUGGUUUC